AGCAGCCGAGGGUAAAGAGCGCCUCAAAAGGAGGCGUGCGGGCUGCCCCAGCUCGGACACCGAGGCGUAGCAUGGAGCCCAACCGGUGAAGAAUGAGGUGGGCGCUCCUCCUCCUCGCGACCAGGGCCCAGCUGGGCCCGCCGGCAGCACCACAAAACCAGCAGUGGGGCGACCACGUCGGCGUGCUCAUCGAGCCGAGCGACGCGUCGCCCUACGACUACUUUGGGGACGCCGUCGCGGCGUCGGGCGAGGUCCUGGCCGUCGGCGCCUGGAAGGACGACGACAAUGGUAUGAAGAACUCGGGCUCGGUCUACCUGUUCCGCAUCUCGCCGCACAACGCGGCCUGGCAGCAGCUCGCGAAACUCACGGCGUCGGACGCGGGCCAGGACGACCAUUUUGGAAGGAGCGUGGCCAUUGAUGGGGGUGUGGUAGCUGUAGGAGCCUACUACGACGACGACGCCGGUUCGGCUUCCGGUUCUGUCUACUUGUUCAAGUAUGAUGGUUCCAGAGAGUGGCCCCAAGUUGCUAAAUUAACGGCAGGUGACGCCGCGGCCUACGACCAGUUCGGGCGAAGCUUAGCUAUUUCAGGAGGAGUGGUCGCGGUCGGCGCUCAUUAUGAUGACGACGCCGGAUCCAAUAGUGGAGCGGUCUACGUCUUCCGGACGGACAACGGCGGCGUGACGUGGCCGCAGGUCGCCAAGCUCAAGCCGCACGAUGCCAGUGGAGGCGACCAGUUCGGCAACGCCGUGGCCAUGAGCGGCGCUGUUAUUGCGGUGGCGGCUCCCAGAGACGCCGGCGCCGUCUACCUCUUCCACACGUCUGACGGAGGCGCGACGUGGACGCAGGAAGCGAAACUGACGGAAGAUGACUCAGCAUUAGUGUUCGGCUACUUCAUCGCCUUGCAUGAUGACGUGUUGGCCGUGUCGCACCCGCGCAAGUUGGGCGGGGACUCGACGGAAGCGGGGCGCGUCCAUGUAUAUAGGAGGAGUAAUGGUGAGUGGCCGCGCUGGACUUCGCUGCGGAGCGAGGCGGACGAACCCUUUCAAGUAGCGCUCACGGACGGCGCCCUGGCCGUGGCGAGCGACGCCGUGGCGUACGUCUAUUCGAACGUCGACGGCACUUGGGUCGAGGCGGAGCGCCACACGUUUGAAGCGCAAUCUGUAAGCGCGGCGAUCGGCUCGAGCGGCUACGCGGCCUUCGGGCUGCACGGUGCGUCGCAGGAUUUUGCGGGUUCUGUGGCGGUCUACGUGCCGCGCGCGCCUUUGGCGAAUCCCGAGGUCGUGGCGGCGUUCGACGGUGUUGGCGCGGGCGACCGCUUCGGUCACAGUGUGGCCCUCUCGCGAGAACUUGUAGUUAUUGGUGCGCGCGGCUACGUGUCCCUUUUCACAUGUGAGAACCAGACGCAUCUACCAGUAGCUGUUUUGUAUGGAGCCGGCGACUUUGGCGCUUCCGUGGCUGUGGAUGGCGUCGUCGUCGUGGGCGCGCCCUCGGAAAAUUAUGUACAAGUCUUCCACGCGAACGGCACGCUCGUCACAACACUGACGGCGAAUGAUGCGACCAACCUCGGCGCGGCCGUGGCCGUCCACGGUUCCAUCAUAGUGGCGGGCGCGGAUGAAGAUGAUGACCAGCGGGGCGCCGUAUACAUGUGGCGGGACUACGAAUUUAUUGGAAGGCUCCAGGCGCAUGAUGCGCAACCCGGGGACCGCCUCGGCGUCGCCGUCGCCAUCGGCGGGCUCGCCCGUGGCGAGGCGUCAUUGAUCGCGGCGGGCGCGCCCCACCGGCGCGGGUCCGGCGCCGUCGUCGUCUUUGACACAGAAGGUGAAAUGAAGGCGGACUUUGGCAUGGGUUCGAUAGGAGACGGCUUCGGGUCCUCAGUAGCUGUGGAAGAUACGACAAUUAUUAUAGGCGCGCCGGGCAACGACGCCAAGGGGUCGAACGCCGGCGCGGCCUACGCGUUCGACUGCCCUGCUAAUGCGAACUGCACGGGGCGCGAGUUGAUCGCCGAUCCACUCGAAGCGGGCGACUGGUUCGGGACAAGCGUGGCGCUGGCGCACGGCGCGGUGGUUGUGGGAGCGGCCGGUAGAGAUGAAGGUGGCUCGAACGCGGGCGCUGCUCUCGUCUUCAGACGGAGCGGCGCGGAGUACGUCGCCGGUGCCACUUUAACAGAAAGUGACCCCGAGGCGGACGACGGAUUUGGCGGUUCGGUAGCGGCCUUUGGCAACCGAGUUGUGGUCGGCGGCUCGCAACUGUACGGGGGCGGCGCCGGCUUCGCGCGCGUUUUUAAAGACGUGGCGGCGACGGCGGCGCCGCACGCGCUCGGGCCGCUCUGGGCGCCGGAAGACGGGCUCUCUGCGACGGCGCGGCCGUCCACGAGUCCGGCGCCGCGGCCCACGUCCAGUGGUGAUAGUAACGGCGGCGGCGACAUGGCUGGCGCCGACGUGGCCGCGGCGGCGGCGCUCGGCGCGGCCGCGGCGGGCGGCUUUCUGCUGCUCGGCGUUGGUGUUGGAUUGUGCGCCUGGCGGCGGCGGCGGCGCGCGCCCGUCUGGCUCGCGGACGACUGGAAGGACACCCCCGUCGAGGUGACCUUCUCCGAUUCGGAGCUCGAGGAGGAUUGCGUCGUGGACCUCUAA